ACUAGCAAUCGUGCUCUUCACAGUGAACUUUUCACGUUAGUCGUUGUAAUAAACAAUGUAAAGAAAUAUCUUAGGAAAAUUUGUAGUUUAUUUCAUGCAAGAAAUGCGGGUGUGUAUCAACGCUGGUCAGCUAGCUCGCACUAAAUGGAGUUUAUUGGCAGUAAAGGCAGCAGUUUGUCUUUGAUAUUUGAUACCCCAUAAAAGAGCUGCCUGCAGCUAGCUAGCUAGCGAGCGAACGAGCAAGUGGGUUUUAUGCUGCGAUUGUGAAUUUUAAUUAAAAUCAAUUAGGCGCUCACACAAAAAGUAACGCACGCAGAGAGAACACACCGUUCAAAUAUCAGACUAUCAUAACACAGACAGUUGAUCAAAUUCCGCGCUUAACCUGUGGUGCACACACCACAAUCCAUGGACAUAACUGCUCUAAUUGGAAACAAGAGCAGCGGCAACAAUAGCAGCAGCAGCAGCAGCGGCGGUGGCACCAGAGCAGCAGCUCCACUAGCAUGGCACCAUUUACGCUCUACAAUAAACACAAUGCUCCGCCAAACAACGAUAUCAUUACACGCGUCGACUGCGAUUGCGAGCAUGUGCCGCUGUGCUCGGUCAAUGAUGUCCAGCUGAGGUUUUUAGUGCCCGAUGAUUUAACGGAAGUUCGCACGCUGUGCCAAGAAUGGUUUCCAAUCGAUUAUCCACUGUCAUGGUACGAGGAUAUUACCUCAAGCUCGCGCUUCUUUGCGCUAGCGGCUGUUUAUAAUCUGGCCAUAAUUGGUUUAAUUGUUGCUGAAAUCAAACCGUAUCGAAAUGUUAAUAAGGAGGUAAUAGCCAAUAUCAGUGAUAGUGAUGAAUUUUACACGAGGCUGAGCGGUUUUCCCAUGCAGGACAAAGGCAUAUUGCCGGACUCGAUGGGUCGCACCGCUGACGUGGGCUACAUAUUAUCGCUGGGUGUUCAUCGCUCGCAUCGUCGGAAUGGCAUCGGUUCGCUGCUACUGGACGCGCUGAUGAACCAUUUGACGACAGUAGAAAGACAUGCGGUGAAGGCUAUCUUCCUGCACACGCUGACCACAAAUCAACCUGCCAUAUUUUUCUACGAGAAGAGAAGAUUUACGUUACAUUCGUUCCUGCCCUACUACUAUAAUAUACGAGGCAAGGGCAAGGACGGCUUCACGUACGUGACCUACAUAAAUGGCGGUCAUCCACCUUGGACAUUAUUAGAUCACAUCAAGCACUACGCUUCCAAGCUUCGUCACACUGGUAGCCUUUGCGUGUGGAUGGCAUCCCGCGUGCAGCAAAUGGUACGUUGGUUCUACCACAAGCUGCUAACACGCUUCAAUGUUAUUGAAUGAGCCAAACGGACUGCAACCACUCCCCCAAUCAUUCUUCCGGCACUCGAGAGAACUGUGUAUGAUAACUGUGGUCUCACCUAUGCAUGUAACAUCUGUCUAGUAUCUUGAAGCAUCGUCCUGUUGAUACCGUACGCAACAUUCAAUUCUAAUGUUAGGCGAGCCAAAUCAUUUCGUUUUAUAUAUACAAAUCAAGGAGCAAACUAUGUUGAAAGUUGUAUAAAAGUCUUAUAUACGUGUAUAAUAACGUUUUUAAAUAUGUGUAUGUUCACCGCUGUAAAUAGUCGUAUCAUCUUUUAUUUCAAAUGCUGUACAAAAUAUCUAUAGCGCAAGUGAUUUUAUACCUUCUUUUAUAUAUCUAUAUUAUUUUUUUAAUUUAAUCUAUUUAAUGUUCUUUGUAGGUUUAUAUCCUCUACGCACAAGACAGUCAUUUUAGUUAGUUUAGCAAAAAACAAAAAGAAAACAAAAAACAAAACGAAAAUACAAA